AAAUCAGUGGAAUGGAAAACAAAUGCUGUGGUCAUCCUAUGCUGUGUUCAUUGUCAGCAAUGUAUACAUUCCUGCUAGGAGCCAUAUUCAUUGCUUUAAGCUCAAGUCGAAUCCUACUGGUGAAAUACUCAGCCAAUGAAGAGAACAAAUAUGAUUAUCUUCCAACUACUGUGAAUGUUUGCUCAGAACUGGUAAAGCUGGUUUUCUGUAUGCUUGUGUCAUUCUGGGUCAUAAAGAAAGAUCAUCAAAGUAGAAAUUUGAGAUGGACUUCCUGGAAGGACUUCUCCAAUUUCAUGAAGUGGUCCAUUCCUGCCUUUCUUUAUUUCCUGGAUAACUUAAUUGUCUUCUAUGUCCUAUCCUAUCUUCAGCCUGCCAUGGCUGUUAUCUUCUCAAAUUUUAGCAUUAUAACAACAGCUCUUCUAUUCAGGAUAGUGCUGAAGCAGCACCUAAACUGGAUACAGUGGGCUUCCCUCUUGAUUCUGUUUUUGUCUAUUGUGGCCCUGACUGCUGGAACCAAAACAUCACAGCAGAACUUGGCAGGACAUGGAUUUCAUCAUGAUGUCUUCUUCCGCCCAUCUAAUUCCUGUCUGCUUUUCAAACAUGAGCACCUGAGAAAAGACAAUGGCACAGCAAAGGAAUGGACUUUUCCUGAAGCUAAGUGGAACACUACAGCCAACGUGUUUAAUCACUUCCGUCUUGGUUUAGGCCAUAUUCUUAUUAUAGUCCAGUGUUUCAUUUCUUCAAUGGCCAACAUCUAUAAUGAAAAGAUACUGAAGCAAGGGGACCAGCUCACUGAAAGCAUCUUCAUACAGAACAGCAAACUCUAUUUCUUUGGCAUUCUUUUUAACGCACUCACCUUGGCCCUUCAGAGGAGUAACCAUGAUCAGAUUAAGAAUUGUGGGUUUUUUUAUGGCCACAAUGCAUUUUCAGUAGCCCUUAUUUUUGUCACUGCAUUUCAGGGUCUCUCAGUGGCUUUCAUCCUAAAGUUCCUGGAUAACAUGUUCCAUGUUUUAAUGGCCCAGAUAACCACUGUCAUUAUAACAACAGUAUCUGUCCUGGUGUUUGACUUCAGGCCCUCCCUGGAGUUUUUCUUGGAAGCCCCAUCAGUCCUUCUCUCAAUAUUUAUUUAUAAGGCCAGCAAGUCUCAAGGUCUAGAAUAUGUACCAAGGCAAGACAGGAUCCGAAAUCUGAGUGCCAGUCUUUGGGAGCGCUCCAGUGGGGAUGGAGAAGAACUGGAAAGACUUACCAAACCCAAGAGUGAUAAUGAGUCAGAUGAAGAGACUUUCUAAUUGGUACUCAUAUAAUUGGCAGCUCUCACAAACCUAAUUUUUAUGUUUGUAAUAUUUAUCUUUUCAUGGUGAUAAGCUAAGAAUGUUUC